GUGUCACCGCCAUCCGCCCCGAGGACCUGGAGUUCCCCAACACCAUGACAGACAUCGACUACGACACCUGGAUGCUCAGUGGCACUGCCAUCAUGCAGGACGGGAACACCAUGAGGAACAAUUACGGCUGCGACCUGUCCCUGUCCCCAAUGUCCCCAAUGAUGUCCCCAUGUCCCCACAGUGGCACGGCCAUCAUGCAGGACGGGAACACCAUGAGGAACAAUUACGGCUGUGACCUGGACGCGCUGGGGACGGGCGCCCGGAUCGGGAUGAUGCGAACGGGGGGAGGGGACCUGCGCUACUUCAUCGAUGGCACCGACCAGGGGGUGGCGUGUUCGGGACUGCCACCAGCAGCCCCCGGGCCGUGCCAGCGCUUCCACGGGCGCUGUGGUCAGAACGUGGCGUUGGCGGCCGAGGGCCUGGGCGCGGCGCGCGUGGCCGGCUACUGCCACGGGCUGGUGUUCAGCCGCUCCCACCUGCGGCCCGGAGAGCUCUUCGAG